CUCUUUUUGAUUUUGAGAUUUUCAAUUCUUCUUUUCUCUGAUUCAAUCUCGAGAAGAUGAUCGGUGUUUUUGUUUUGAUCUUGCUUACUGAUCGUUCUUCUUUACUAGGUUAGCAUAGAUGAAGAGUCUUCGGCUUUUGUAGUUUCUGAUUAAAACAGAAAUAGAUAAAGAAGAGAUGGGAGGUUGCUGUUGUUGCUCUUCGUCACGAAGAGCUGAUGGAGAUAAUGGACCUGCGUACUACUACGUUAGUUACCCGAGGGCAACAGAAGAGCGCGUGCCUUUGUCUUCCGCUCAUAACAGGACUUCCUCUGCUAUCUCUACUGGUGUAGUAGUAGUAGACACAAACUUAGAGACAUCGUCUCCAGAUGCUUAUAUACCACCUCCACCGCCUAUCCCUUUCGAUGUGGCUAUUGGCAUUCCUCAUACACCAGGAAAUGGUGAAGAAGCUACUUGUGUUGAUAUAAGAGAGGUUUCAGUGGAACCUGCUAAUACCGAGCCUGCUCAAGAAACAGUCGAUGGUAUUACUCUUGGGGUUCCAACUACAUGCUCACAUAAAGAAAUAGAUUGCAAAAUCCAAACAGAGAUUGAUCUUGAAUCUACUGAAGAUAUAGACCCCAAGCUAUCAAAAGCUGUCUUUGUACCAAUAGAGGAAGAGGAGGACUGUCCCAUAUGUUUGGAAGAAUAUGAUCUCGAGAACCCUAAACUUCUAUCCAAAUGUGAUCACCAUUUUCACCUCGCAUGCAUUCUAGAAUGGAUGGAGAGAAGUGAAACCUGCCCUGUCUGCAAUAAGGAAAUGAUAUUUGACUCUCCUCUCGACUAGCAAACCGCAAGUACCACAGCUUAGAUGGUUCGAUGCUCUUUGUAUCCGAACAAAAAAACUGGGAGAACAGGAGAAGAAAACUUAAAAGAAGGAAGAAAAAAAGUUUGGUAAGAAUACACUAAUAGUUGAUUCGCAAGAGUUGAAUUUACAAAACGUAUCAGUGUUGAUAUACUACAUAUGUUGUUUGUACAGACGUUUUUUCAAGUCGUCUACAAAAGGAGACUAAGAAUUAGAGCUUGUGUUUUAGAUUCACUUAUGUGAAUAAAAAAAAAGACAAAAAUGAAAAGAAAAAAAAAUUUGUUUUAUUCUGGGGUUUCAAUUCGAGUCUGAUUCAGUUAUUUUUUCUUAGGUUUAAGAAAAUAGUAAUGAAAAUGAAAAUUGAGUUUAUAAUUAUGCUUUUGGUCAAUAUUAGGGUUGGGAUUGGGAUGUAAUUUGGUUUAGUACUGAUUUAUCCUCUUUUUACUGGUCUUUGAUACUACUAUGUAAUAUGAAAAUUGUUCCUAGUGUGUAAUGAUUUAGAUUUCUUAAUUUCUUAUCA